AUGCACGCUGCGGUUUUCAACGUCUAUCGCCGAACUCGACAUCAGAUCCUAUACUUCUUGCCUCCUUUCUUGAUUGCGUAUGGCAUCAUGCAAUGGGCUAUUGAAAGGAACGAGUACCUCAACUCGAAGCCUGGACGAAACACCGCAGAGGGACAAGAGAUGGACACUGUUACAUCUUAG